UCGUCGACGUCACACGCAAGAAGUGGAUGCGGAAGUGUUCGCAAACAGCCGCAGCAGGUUGUGUUCAGACAGCACUCACGGAUCAAAAUGCUGAAGGCGGUUAUCUUAAUCGGAGGCCCCCAGAAAGGCACCAGGUUCAGGCCGCUGUCAUUUGAAGUUCCCAAACCCUUGUUUCCAGUGGCUGGUGUGCCCAUGCUGCAGCAUCACAUUGAAGCAUGUGCCAAGGUACCAAAUAUGAAGGAGAUUCUGCUCAUCGGCUUUUAUCAACCAAAUGAAGAACUGAGCAGAUUCCUGUUAAAUGCACAGCAGGAGUUCAAAAUUUCCAUCAGGUAUUUGCAGGAGUAUGCAGCCCUGGGCACGGGAGGGGGCAUCUAUCACUUCAGAGAUCAGAUUGUCUCCGGUAGUCCAGAGGCUUUCUUUGUUCUGAAUGCUGAUGUUUGCUCAGCGUUUCCUCUCGCAGAGAUGCUCAGCUUCCAGAAGGAACACGGAGAACCAAACAGCUUUGUUAUCCUUGGGACAACGUCAAACAGAAAGCAGUCCAUGAACUACGGCUGUAUUGUUGAAAACGAGGACACAAACGAGGUCUUGCAUUACGUGGAAAAACCGAGCACGUUUGUGAGUGACAUCAUAAACUGCGGUAUAUACCUCUUUAACCCCGACAUCUUCCAGCACAUCGGCACCGUCUUUCAAAAGAAUCAACAGGACAUGUUGUUAUAUCCAUACGAUGGAGAGGAGCCAACCAACGGCUGGCACCGAGCUGAGGCCAUCAGGCUGGAGCAAGACAUUUUCACUGCCCUGGCAGGACAGGGCAAACUCUACGUAUAUAAAACCCUCAGCUUCUGGAGUCAGAUUAAAUCUGCUGGGUCUGCAAUUUAUGCCAGUCGGCUAUACCUCAACCAGUAUCACACUACUCAUCCCGAAAGACUGGCCUCAAAUAAGGAGGGAGGGCCCAGAAUAAGUGGUAAUGUCUAUAUUCAUCCUACAGCCAACAUUGACCCCACUGCUAUGUUGGGUCCCAAUGUGUCAAUUGGCACUGGAGUCACUAUUGGUGCUGGGGUCAGAGUUCGAGAAUCCAUCAUCCUCCAUGGUGCAACUCUACAGGAUCACUGCUGUGUUUUGAACAGCAUUGUGGGAUGGGACAGCACCAUUGGCAAGUGGGCAAGAGUAGAAGGAACACCAAGUGACCCAAACCCCAAUGAUCCCUAUGCAAAGAUUGACAGCGAGACCCUCUUCAGAGAUGGAAAACUCACACCCUCAAUUACCAUUCUCGGUUGUAAUGUGACCAUCCCCUCCGAGGUGAUUAUACUCAACUCAAUUGUCCUCCCACACAAAGACCUCAACCGCGGCUUCAAAAACCAAAUUAUUCUCUAGUUAAUCUUCCUCACGCUUCUGUCCACUUACUGUCACUGAUGAAGGAUGCAGCUGGAUGCCCCAGCCGGCACUGCCUCUGAGUUACUGUAUAUAAGAUGUCAAAAAUGAAGAUAUGGGACAUUCAUUAAAUAGUUUUGAAAGAUAGAUUUUUUAUAUAUUUGUCCUCAAGCCUUUAUGCAUCAUUGGGUGUCAGCAACAUUACAGAGAGGCUAAUCACGCAUGUUGAUUCACCUUGAAAAGUGCUGUCAUGCCAGAGGUUUAUAUUGGUUUUUUAUUAACUUUACCGAACUGUAAAAUUAGUGCAGACAGCAGUGUAAUAUAUUUGGUUGGAUGUAAUAUGAUGUAUAAAAAAAAAAAGUUUAUAGACGACCCGUUUCUCAAGGGCAUCCUUGACAUACUUGAGACUUGUUACUUCAGUGUGAGAAGAGGAAUUAUUAAAAAAAAAAAAAAAAA